AUGAAUCACUGUCCCUGUUUCUUUCGGCUAGGGAAAGGACGCAGGGGUUCCAUUCGCUUUCUCAGUCCACCCAUCUUCUUGAGUUCAGACCUACAACUCCUGCAUUGGGGGUCGGAAGGGAGCCUUAAUCAUCGGGACAGAAACUCAGCUCCUCAACCUCGGCUCAACUCGCGUGGCAGCUUUAGUCCCUCCUGCCAGGGCGCGGGGCGGGGCCUGGGAGCGGGGCGGGGGCUGGGCGCGGGGCGGGGCCUGGGCGCGGGGCGGGAGGCGGUGACCAGCAGUAGGAGGAGAAAGAACAUGGCGGGCGCAGCGGGGCCCGGGACCUGCCCGGGAGCAGCCGGCGGAGGUGGAGACGAUUCGCUAUACCCUGUCGCGGUUUUAAUCGACGAGCUCCGCAAUGAAGACGUGCAGCUCCGACUCAACAGUAUUAAGAAGUUAUCAACAAUUGCCCUAGCACUUGGAGUAGAAAGGACACGAAGUGAAUUGCUGCCAUUCCUUACAGAUACAAUUUAUGAUGAAGAUGAGGUACUAUUAGCUCUUGCUGAGCAGCUGGGAAAUUUCACCGGCCUAGUGGGAGGUCCUGACUUUGCCCACUGUCUGCUGCCUCCUUUGGAAAAUCUGGCGACUGCGGAAGAGACUGUUGUUCGUGACAGAGCUGUGGAGUCCCUGAGACAGAUCUCCCAGGAGCAUACUCCCGUUGCUCUGGAAGCUUAUUUUGUACCUCUGGUGAAACGCCUAGCAAGUGGGGAUUGGUUCACCUCUCGCACGUCUGCAUGUGGUUUGUUCAGCGUGUGCUAUCCCAGGGCAUCAAAUGCUGUUAAAGCAGACAUUAGACAGUACUUCCGUUCCUUGUGCUCAGAUGACACACCAAUGGUACGACGUGCUGCUGCUUCCAAAUUGGGUGAAUUUGCAAAAGUUUUGGAGUUAGACAGUGUGAAAAGUGAAAUUGUUCCAUUGUUCACUAAUCUAGCUUCAGAUGAACAGGAUUCAGUGCGCCUCCUAGCUGUGGAAGCUUGUGUCAGUAUUGCCCAGUUACUGUAUCAGGAUGACCUUGAGACCUUGGUGAUGCCUGCACUUCGACAAGCCACAGAAGAUAAAUCUUGGCGAGUUCGCUAUAUGGUAGCUGACAGAUUUUCAGAGCUCCAGAAAGCUGUGGGUCCUAAAAUCACCCUAAAUGACCUCGUCCCCGCCUUUCAGAACCUACUUAAAGACUGUGAAGCUGAAGUCCGGGCAGCGGCUGCCCACAAAGUAAAAGAACUUUGUGAGAACUUGCCCAUUGAAGAUAGAGAGACCAUAAUUAUGAAUCACAUUCUGCCCUAUAUAAAGGAAUUAGUAUCUGAUACCAGUCAACAUGUCAAAUCGGCUCUAGCUUCUGUAAUUAUGGGAUUGUCUACUAUUGUGGGCAAAGAGAAUACCAUCGAACAUCUUCUACCUCUUUUUUUAGCUCAGUUAAAGGAUGAGUGUCCUGAAGUUCGUUUGAAUAUCAUCUCCAAUUUGGAUUGUGUAAAUGAAGUGAUUGGAAUUCGUCAGCUCUCUCAGUCUCUCCUGCCUGCCAUAGUGGAGCUGGCUGAAGAUGCCAAAUGGAGGGUCCGGUUGGCCAUCAUUGAGUAUAUGCCACUGCUGGCAGGCCAGCUGGGUGUGGAAUUCUUCGAUGAAAAGCUGAAUUCUUUAUGUAUGGCUUGGCUUGUGGACCAUGUAUAUGCCAUCCGAGAAGCUGCUACCAACAAUCUCAUGAAACUAGUUCAGAAGUUUGGUACAGAGUGGGCCCAAAAUACCAUCGUUCCCAAAGUGUUAAUAAUGGCAAAUGAUCCUAAUUACUUGCAUAGAAUGACCACAUUAUUCUGCAUUAAUGCACUGUCUGAGGCCUGUGGUCAGGAAAUAACCACUAAGCAAAUGCUGCCCAUCGUAUUAAAAAUGGCUGGAGACCAAGUAGCAAAUGUUCGUUUCAAUGUGGCCAAAUCUCUACAAAAAAUUGGACCAAUUCUAGAUACCAGUGCUUUACAGGGAGAAGUUAAGCCAAUACUACAGAAAUUAGGUCAAGAUGAAGACAUGGAUGUCAAAUACUUCGCACAGGAAGCUAUAAGUGUUCUUGCGUUGGCAUAAUGAGGAGCAGGAGGGAAAAGGCCUUUACUAAAUUCUUAUCACAGAUUUCUAGUCAAUAUGUUCUUAACUGGGUGGAGAAAGAUGGAAAACCUUCAAGAUCUCAUCCAAGCAAAUGGCAACAACUUAGAAGAAAUCAAAUUUCAGUGACUUACUUCUUUCUAAAGAUGAAAUGGGAUUGUUUGUUAUUCAUCUUCCUUGUUAACUAAUUAUUUAAGCCAUUCUGAUUGACCAAUUCCUGACACUUGAUACUUGAUUGUCUCCUAAUGCUUUAUCCAUUGCCACCUGGGCUCCCACACGCUCACUGCAAUCAGGCCCCAGCCACAUAAUGUCCCAGACAAAGCCUGGAGAGGUGUGGACCCAGAUGUGGAGUAGAGUGAUUCUCUUGAUGUUUACAUAUAUCUCUGUGUCUCUCCAUCAUUCCAAAGUUAAAUGUACAUGUUUAGAAUAACUUACUUUAUAAACUCUUCGGGAGACAUGUCGAGAUUUGACCACAGUGAAAGCCACAUUUUCCAGAUGAUGAUGAUCUGCAUCAGUCUCACUUGAAAAGGGAAUGUGAGGCUGGGUGUUGGUGGCUCACACCUGUAAUCCCACCCCACACUUUGGGAGGUUGAGGCAGGCGGAUCAGGAGGUCAGGAGUUCAAGACUAGCUUGGCCAACAUGGUGAAAGCCUGUCUCUACUAAAAAUACAAAAUUAGCCAGGCACAAUGGUGGGCACUGUAAUUCCAGCUACUUGGGAGGCUGAGGCAGGAGAAUGGCUUCAACCUGGGAGCGGAGGUUGCAGUGAACCGAGAUUGUGCCACUGCAUUUCAGCCUGGGCAACAGAGCAAGACUCCAUCUCAAAAGAAAAAGAAAAAGGUGGUGGCGGGGAAUGUGGAAGCUCAAGGUUAGUGUAGUGGUUGUUUUGAUUUUUAUUUUCUUGAUUUUGUCUGUAGUCAUGUCAUUCAGAAACCUGAAGUGUGGAUGCAUCUUGCUGCUAACGUGUGAUGUUGACACCUGACUGAAUUUGAAUACCUUACCGCUGUGCCUACAUUUAAAAAUACUUCUCUCUCUUACUUAAAAAGCUUUACCUGUGGUCUCUUCUAAUAAGCAGUAUUUCUGUUUCAUUGUAAGAUUGCACUUCUGUAUUUUGAGUGACUCUAAGAACCAUAGGCAUAAUACUAUGCAGAUUUCCUACUCUACCUGGCCUUGCUUCUAACAGUAUUAACGUCUGGUCCUUGCUGCAUCGUACAGUAGCUGUUCAAACGGCAGUUUUACUGCUAACUUUUUAGUAUGGGUGAUGCUGGAGUCUCACAACUGAAGUGUGUGCUUUUCUACUUUCACAGUAAAACCUCAUUAAUUCUGAAAUGUCAAAUAGUGAGUUAAGCCAAAGAAUUUACGGAAACAAAUUAAUAGUAAGGAAGCCUAUUUGAACUACUUAAGCAGUUUUAAAGCCCUUUUUAAAAAGUACCCAUUGGGAUUAUGUGAGGUCAGGAGUUCUGACCAACAUGGUGAAACCCCCCUCUACUAAAAAUACAAAAAAGUUAGCUGGGCAUGGUGGCACACACCUGUAGUCCCAGCUACUCAGGAGGCUGAGGCAGGAGAAUCGCUUGAACCCGGGGGGCAGAGGUUGCAGUCUGCCAAGAUUGUGCCACUGCACUCCAGCUUGGAUAACAGAGUGAGACUUCGCCUCAAAAAAAAAAAAAAAUUUAUUUUCACAUAGUUAAACUCACCUUGUCUCAUGAAUUUUGGUUGAUGAGGUUUUACUCUAGUUUAUUUUUCUCUCAGUGCAUCUUGCUCUGCCGUUUGCUUGUUACCCUUUUGGUUUUUGAAUGGUUGAUUUUGUUCACAGCCUCUUUGAAAUCUAGCAAGUCCUGUUCUGUUUAGUGAAGGCUUGAUGACGACUCUAAGACUUUAUACAUUUGUUACGUAAAACCAAGUUUUACUGAAUACUUUCAAAUUUGUCCUGCCUUAGAAAAACAGAACAGAAAUUGUAAGUCAAAGGUUAUCUGUCUGCAUUUUAAACUACCAAAUCACCUUACAGUAAGUUUCCCUUUUACGACUUUGGGCUAAGAAAAGUAUUUUCCUAAGCAAAACCUUUUUCGAUUUUCUCAUUUUAAUAUGUUAAGCUAUUAUGCUAUAAACAUUUUACUUUUAGUUUCAUGGUUCUUUAUUUUUUAUUACCUGCAAGUUAUAUUCCUCUUUGUUGGAUUUCAUAUUUGAGAGACAUUCGCAUUGGAACCAUUGCUUUACUCUGGUUGGAAAUGCCAUUGGUUUGGGGACAGACUUUUAAAAUGCCCUUUUGUCUCCCCCUACGGAGCCCUAAGCAUUGACCUCUCCAUCCUAAAACUGUUUGACAGAGGGAGAACGGACCCUGGCUUUCUCAAGCAUGGGUCAGGGGGUUUGUCUUUUGGGGUAACCCCACAGGGGCUUCAUUGUUUCUUUCUGACUUAAGCAAUAGAGAGAAUUUGUUUUGGUGCUCUUCAGAGGAGUUGUUCUUUGGCUCAUAACUUGGCCAUGUUCUCUAUGAAUUAGUUAUCCUGUUUUUUUUUAAACUACCUUAAACUUAAGGGAAAAGUUUUCCUAUCUUGAUUUCACUGGAAUAUAGGCUUUUGGAGCUCUGUAAGGCUGGGACUUUUGUCUGUUUUAUCUUCUACUGGAUCACCAGUGCCUGGAACAGUGUCUGGUGCUCAAUAAAAAUGUGUUCAAUGGA